UCUUAAAGACGACAAUCGAUGGUGAAAAAAGAGAGAAACUUUUGACAACAGGGAUACAAAGAUAAUAGUAAUUAUUUGCAAUUACCAAUUAAUUUAUAUACAUAUAAUGUCGUGAAGAUAAGGAUAUUUACAAAUAGAAUACGAUAGUUUAAUAACUUGAUAUAUUAAUAACAUUAAUUGCAUUUGAAUAUGUAUCAAAACACUUACGUACUUUCUUAUUAUUGAUUAAAUUUAAUUUUAUAAACAAUUUGUUUUGUACCGGUAUACCUGGUGAUACUAUGAUCCUGGAUCAUAAUGCAUUAUUUAAAAAGUAUUUAUGUUAAACUAUUGCACGUAAAAAAAAUCUAUGAUAUGACAUCUUACUGGACGUGACAAACAUUUUUUUUAUAUUCUCUAAUCGUACGAUUCGUAUAAUGCUUUUAAUUACGGUUCUCUUUGUGUCAACGUAAAUAUAUUUGUUAAUUGAAUGAAAAUGCAAGUUUUUAAAUCAUUAUUAGGAAUAUUGACAAGAAAAAUUGUGAUUUUUGUAACGAUAUAAAAGGUAAACUACGUACUUGCAAAAUGGGUUCUGAACAAAGCUCACAAAGUGGUACUCAGAGUACAAGUAAUGGCAGAGCUAGGACUGGACAACUUCGUCGUGGUAAAAGCGUUCCAAACAGCGAAAAAGUGCCAGAAGAUACUCCACCUAGAUGUACAAGUCCUGGUGCUAGCAUAUGUUCAGAUUCUGAUCUACCAUAUAUAUCUUAUACUGUAAAUAGACCUAUCGGAGACUCUCCGAAGAUGAGCAACAAACAAUUACAAUUGUAUAGGGGAAAAAGUUUAGGAGCACAGGAUAUAUCAAGGAGAAGAAAUAGCUUCACUCAUAGAAAACCAUUAUCUGACAAACUUCACAAUAUCGUGGUGGUUAAACCAGCUGCAUCGGAUCCUAGCACAGAAAAAGAUCCAGAUCUAGUCAAAUUACAGAGUAUUCCAAUGUUUCUACCAAUUAUGCGUGGAACUUUGAAUCUACCACCAGGAGUAAGAGAUCCAGAAGUUCUUGAAAGAUUGGAUCCCAUUGGAUUAUUUAAUGUAUGCGCCCGAUAUCAACAUCAUCUUAAUACUAAUGCACAAAUGAUAGCUGGAGAACAAGCAGCUCUAUGUAUUAAUCUUGAAGCUGAAGUUAAUAGAAUUUUGAGUCUGGCUGUAGAAAGACAAAAGAAAUUUGCAAAAUUUACGGAACAACUAAACAAAGUACAUGAACUUAGCAGACAACUGACCAAAUGUCAUUCGCUUCUUAAUCAGACAUUAGAGAGUCUUGAGACACUUAAUAAUUUCUUACCGAUCGAAGACAGAUUAGAACCAUUUGUAUGGACGACAGGAUAGAUACAAAUAUAACAAUUACGAAUCUAAUAGCUCGAAAAAAUAUUCUUUCAGCUUGAUGCAUGACGUACAAAGAUUUAAACUUUAGAAAUGCCUACAUAAGUUCUAUUCUCUGUCUACAAAUCAACAUCCCAUUGUAAAACUAGAUGUGAGUAGAAUGAAUAUGGAAAAAUUUAUAACUAUACUUAUAAGUGAUUUGAAUAGUUACCACUUUGGAUUACAAGGUCUACCUGCACACUAUAUUCAGUCAUAUAGAUUUCUAAUAUUUACACCAAUAUUGUAUAUUAUAUACAAUGCGCUUAAUCUUGAAAAACAGGGAUUUGUAUGAUACAUCUAUUUUCAUGUGAAUUCAACGAUUGUAUAAUAAUAAUUUAAAAAAAAAAAAAAAAAAAAAAAGGAAUAGAGAGAUUUAAGAGAAUGAAGCUAGAACUUUUUUUCUUCUAAUAAUAUGAACAUAUACAUAUAUUAAAAGCAAUAGAAUACAAGGGGAUCUACUUUAUUUAAAAGAAAGAAGUAAAUCACUCUUUUUAUGACUUCUUAACAAAUGUUAGAGAUAUUAUAAAAAUGUGCCUAUAUAUAUAUAUAUAUAUAUAUAUAUAUAUAUAUAGACACAUAUAUAUAAGUGUUAAAAAUAAAACGAAGAAUAAAUAAAUUUUGAAUCAUU